CCUCGAAGUCGCAAGUACGCAUUCAAGAUGCCUCAAUCAUGCAAAGACAUCCGAGCCGCCCUAGCAUUCUGCCUCCAAAACAGCGACUGCAUCCUGGUCGAACGGAACUCCCCCGGCGACUGCUUACGACCGCCGCUGAAAUACACGCUCCCCACACAAUGCCAACAGCUACAGAAGGGGUACGCCGAGUGCAAAAAAGGCAUGAUCGACAUGCGCAAACGAUUUAGGGGAAACCGGCCGAUUGCUGUGCAGGGGCAGUUGGAGACGGGCGCCUUUGGACAGGGCAGGGCUGAGGCGGAUGAGAAGGCCGGGACGAUUGAGGAGAAGGGGUAUAUGCUGUAUGCGGGGAGGCCGUAUAAGGGGGUUAGUGAGACGAAGGGGGAUGAGGAUCCGGAGAACAAGGGGUUGGAGAGAUGAUGGGGAUAUUGAGAGGGGAUGAGGAGUGUAUGAGGAAGUGGUGUAAGGUCAUCAGCUGCAUCAAUGGCGUUUUUGGUUGGGACAAUGCUGAGGUCAUCUCCUCUCUGUAUCAGUACUGAACUGUAAAACAUUGUACGAGGACACGCGAGUCAUAUUGCUAUGAACGAACUGCAACCUGGAGAAAGCUGCCUGACC